GAGCGAGGCGGAGUCUGUGUUUCGGUCAGGUUGCGGCAGCGGCUGCUGUAGUUCAGAAGAGCGAGGCCGAGGCCUGGGCCCAGCCCGGAGCCGCUGCCUGACCCGAGCCUCCUGGAGCCCCCGCGCCGGCUGAUCAUAGCGGCGGGCUCGGGCUCCGCCUGCCACCGCACGCAGGACCGAGGCUGCAUGCCGGAGGACCAGGCCCACGCAGCCAUGGAGGAAGCCUCUCCCUAUUCCUUGCUUGACAUCUGCUUGAGUUUCCUGACCACCAACCUCGAGAAGUUCUGCUCAGCACGACAAGAUGGAACCCUGUGUCUGCAGGAGCCUGGGGUGUUCCCACAGGAGGUGGCUGACCGGCUUCUUCAGACUAUAGCAUUCCACGGUCUCCUGAAUGAUGGAACUGUGGGAAUUUUCAGAGGUAACCAGAUGCGCCUAAAGCGAGCUUGCAUUCGCAAAGCAAAGAUUUCCGCUGUUGCUUUCCGGAAAGCCUUUUGCCACCACAAGCUAGUAGAACUUGAUGCCACGGGUGUGAAUGCUGACAUCACUAUCACAGACAUCAUAAGUGGCCUUGGCAGUAACAAGUGGAUCCAGCAAAAUCUUCAGUGCUUAGUACUAAACUCAUUAACUCUGUCCCUCGAGGAUCCGUAUGAGCGGUGCUUCAGCCGGCUCUCUGGUCUUCGAGCUCUGAGCAUCACUAAUGUGCUCUUUUACAAUGAAGAUCUGGCUGAAGUUGCUUCGCUGCCUAGACUGGAGAGCCUGGAUAUUUCUAACACCUCAAUCACAGAUAUCACUGCCCUGCUGGCCUGCAAAGACAGACUCAAGUCUCUCACCAUGCACCAUUUGAAAUGUUUAAAAAUGACCACUACCCAGAUCCUGGAUGUUGUUCGGGAGCUAAAACAUCUGAACCAUCUUGACAUCUCAGAUGAUAAACAGUUCACGUCAGACAUAGCCCUUCGAUUGUUAGAGCAAAAGGACAUCUUGCCCAAUCUUGUCUCCCUGGAUGUUUCAGGGAGAAAGCACGUGACAGACAAAGCUGUCGAAGCCUUUAUACAGCAGCGGCCUAGCAUGCAGUUCGUAGGGUUGCUGGCUACCGAUGCUGGGUACUCUGAAUUCCUUACGGGCAAAGGACACUUGAAGGUCUCUGGAGAAGCCAACGAAACGCAGAUUGCAGAGGCGCUGAGGCGGUACAGCGAGCGGGCGUUUUUCGUCAGGGAGGCUUUGUUUCAUCUCUUUAGCCUGACUCAUGUGAUGGAGAAAACGAAGCCAGACAUUUUAAAGCUUGUGGUUACUGGGAUGAGAAACCACCCUAUGAAUUUGCCUGUGCAGCUGGCUGCAAGCGCCUGUGUGUUUAACUUAACUAAACAGGACCUUGCUUUAGGCAUGCCUGUCCGGCUCCUUGCUGAUGUGACCCAUUUGCUGCUCAAGGCCAUGGAACAUUUUCCUAAUCACCAACAGUUACAGAAGAAUUGCCUUCUCUCACUUUGCAGUGACCGGAUUCUUCAGGAUGUCCCAUUUAAUAGGUUCGAAGCAGCCAAGCUUGUCAUGCAGUGGCUUUGCAACCACGAAGAUCAGAACAUGCAACGAAUGGCCGUGGCUAUCAUUUCCAUCCUGGCUGCCAAGCUCUCUACAGAACAAACUGCACAGCUUGGUGCUGAGCUCUUCAUUGUCAGGCAACUUCUUCAAAUAGUGAAGCAGAAAACCAAUCAGAAUUCCGUGGACACUACAUUGAAAUUUACCUUGAGCGCACUUUGGAACCUCACCGAUGAAUCCCCGACAACCUGCAGACACUUCAUUGAAAAUCAAGGGUUGGAGCUCUUCAUGAGGGUUCUAGAGUCUUUCCCAACCGAGUCAUCCAUUCAACAAAAGGUUCUAGGACUUUUGAACAACAUAGCUGAAGUACAAGAGCUACAUUCUGAACUAAUGUGGAAGGAUUUUAUAGACCACAUCAGCAGUCUCCUACACAGUGUUGAAGUAGAAGUCAGUUACUUUGCAGCUGGAAUUAUCGCCCAUUUAAUAUCCAGAGGUGAACAAGCAUGGACCUUGAGCCGAAGCCAGAGGAAUUCUCUCCUUGAUGAUUUGCAUUCAGCUAUUUUGAAGUGGCCAACUCCAGAGUGUGAGAUGGUAGCAUACAGGUCCUUUAAUCCAUUCUUUCCACUACUUGGCUGUUUUACGACUCCUGGAGUCCAGCUGUGGGCAGUUUGGGCCAUGCAACAUGUCUGCAGCAAGAAUCCUUCAAGGUAUUGCAGCAUGCUGAUUGAAGAAGGAGGACUGCAGCAUUUGUAUAACAUCAAAGAACAUGAGCAGACAGAUCCCUAUGUCCAGCAGAUUGCUGUGGCCAUUCUGGACAGUUUAGAGAAACACAUUGUGCGCCAUGGAAGGCCCCCUCCCUGUAAAAAGCAGCCCCAGGCCCGACUGAAUUGAUAGCCAUAGAUAGUUGUGUAACGAACAGACAACGGGAAGCAUUUUUGUGAUUGGUUCCUUUGGAAUAGCGUGCUCUCUGGUGUUUGGGGGCGGGGUAGGGGGUUGUCUGUGGUAAGAGUCCUGUGAUCCAUUUGGAAUUGGUAAUGUACAGUACUGCCCAUGUGAACAGUCUGAUUUGUUUUGUGAUUUUUAACUUAUGAGGCAAGAAAGGUCUUCCUUCAAUAUUGUCUCUUAGGGAAUCUCUCUCUCAGUGUUUGAACUUAACUUGUGCUUGAAAUUCUACAGUUUCAUGGUAAGUUGCACGCACUCUUCCGCAGGCUUCCUUGCAGGUGAGCAAGGCUGCUGACGUGACUUCAGCUCCACCUCGCUGUAAUUUUAUAUUGCUCUGUAAAAAUGCACCCAUUCUCUGUGUCUCCUUCACAAGAUGCCCUUCUUUGUGUGAAGAAAGCUGUUGUGUUUCUAGAAGCUUCUUGCUGUCAGGAGCCUGAGUAGCAGUCAAAGGAACAUAAAAGAAAGACCAUGAAAGGACCGAGUUGAAGGGAAUUAGAAAUUGCUUUUGUGGUAUAGCUCUGAAAAUGGAAAAGGCUCUCCUGGUGUCCCUCUGCUAAGGCGGGAGCAGAGGCUGCUCUCCCUCUGUGCUGAAGGCUGGAAGCACAGACCAUUGCUAUCCCUUCUUUUCCAAAGUCAUUCUCACUCAGUGGAAUAGAGUUAAGUUGCUUAGUUAAGAUACAAUUGACAGAAAAUUUGUUGCAAAAAUUUAAACUUGAGUUGGGGUGUGGCUCAGUGGUAGAGUAUGUUCUUAGAAUGUAGGAAUUCAAUACCCAGCACCACACACAACAAAAAGUUGAAUGUUUCUUCUGUUCAAAUAUGUGUAUCUGUCGGGCAUCAAUGGCUCGUGCCUGCAAUCUUAGCACUCAGGAAACUGAGCAGGAGUAGUGCUGUGAGUUUGAGGCCAGCCUGGGUUAGAGUGACAUGUAGUGGAUCCUCAUUAUGUGUUCAUGUUAGAAAAAGCUCAAGAGGACAGUGGGCCGCUGCUCCGGCUGCAGCUGGAUGGCUACUUGUGGAGUCGGCUGGAUAAAAGGAAAUGGUUUUGAUUGGUUAGUCUUUUAGGCAGUUGCCUUUCCUAUAAGAUAAUUGAUAUAUGAAGAGUCAGUUAUCAUCCUAUGAACCCGGGAGGCAGCAAGUUACCAACAAACUUAAAUUCCACUAUAAUUUUAAAUUGAGAAUAAUUCAGACUUAUAAUCCAGUAAUAGCAAGGAUGAAACAGAAGGAAUUACAGGUAGAGACCACAGAGUUGCAAGCCAGCCUGGGCUACAUGGGAAAGACCCUUUCUCACGAAACAAAACAAAUAUUUUAAGGGGGUCUUGGUGGCACUUGCCCUUAAUUCAAAACACUAAGGAACAGGUGGCUCUCAGGGUCAGCAUGGACUAGACAGCAAGACCCCAUCUCAGAACAAACCAGGAUGCUCACAUCCUGUUUUGUAAAUAGGUUUAAUCUGAAAUCUCUUCUGACCACAUUCAUACAUGUCUCAAAUGUUUUCAGUAGUUUUAAAGUAAGUCAGGAAUGUUUCAGUUUAGAAAGGAGCUAGAUUAAGCUGUGCAUCUGAGUGUGCAGCUGUACCCUAGUGCAUGGAAGACAAAGGUGAGAGGAAUAUGAGUUCUGAACCAGCCUGGACUAUAAAGAGUGACCAGCAAGCUCAUUGCUAGUAUGCUUUUAACAUGUCUGACUCAUGUUUCAUACUACUGUCACACUCCUUGGACUUGAAUGUUUCAGACUUCCUUUAUAAGGACAAAUAUUGAAUCAGACUGAAAGAAAACAGACACAUAGAAUUAUCAAAAAGCCAUAUAAAACUAUGGUUUAUUUCUUACUUCAUUGGUUCAAGGAAUUUUAAGAGCUGUAUGAUACGUUUUUACCCAAGAUGGUUGCUCAAAUCCACCACUGGAGACAAGAUUGCCAUUCUGAGGCUAGCCUGGGCUACCUAGUGAUGCUUGUCUCAGCAGCCUCCAUCUCAAAAGAUGUCUUUUUCAUAGUUAAACACAUUUGGAAAAAAGAAAAUUCUUUCAAAGGAGUACUUGCUUUUUGUUGACAUUUCCCCCUCAAUUUUAACGUCUAAGACAAAAUUCUGACAAUAUGAUGUAGUCUGCAGUAACUAGCAAGCUUGUGGUGUGGACCUGCCAAGUUUAUUAAGAACUUUGGCUUCAAGUGUCAGGACCAAAGUACAGGUGCUAUAGGCUAUUGCUAACCUUUUACAAAGUUUCAGAAAAAUAAAGUCAGGUGUGGUAGAGUACACCUGUACUCCCAGUAUCCGCAGCUGCGCAGCAAAUUCAGAACCAGCAUUUGGUUACCUGAUAUCCUAUCUGGAGAAGCAGAACCAGAAAUGGUCAAAAGGCCUACAGAGUGAUUGAGAAUGACCUGGUACAUGAAGGCUCAAAACCAAUUCAAUUUAUAUUCUCCAGGCCAGCCGGGGCUAGAUUGCCCUAAAACAAACAAACAAACAAACAAACAAACAAAACUUAAAAACAAAAACCCACAAACUCAAAGUGACAGAUUGUAUCCCAGGUAAAUCAAGCUGUUAGUGCCCCUGUUUUUUAUUUUUGUUUUUGAGUCUCACCAUAUGUAGACCCAAGGCUGUAGUCUAUAUUGAUCUCAUUCAGUUGACAUUCCUGAGUGAGUGGUAGGGUUCCAGGCAUGUGCUACCAUGUCUGGCUAAGGGAUAGCUCUUGCUUUGUUUUGUUUGUUUUUGUUUUUCAAGACAGGGUUUCUCUGUGUAGUCCUGGCUGUCCUAGAACUUCCUCUGUAAACUAGGCUGGCCUCAAACUCAGAGCUUUCAGAGUGCUGGGAUUAAAGCUAAAAUGUAGUAAAUACAUAUGUGUAUUUAUAAAUUACAAAUGUCCAGCCAGCUUCUACAGGCCUCGCAUUUGUAAUUGGUUGGUACUUCCAAAGCCGUUGGCCUAGUGGUAUGCUUUCAGGCAUAGUUUAGACUAACCUGAAUGGCCUCUUUGAACUAACUCAUGAGUAUGCUCAGACACAAGCCAUUGGGUGAGGCAUAGCAAGACUUGGAUCUGCUGGAAGAAAAACAUGCACAAGGACCCAGGCUCAGUCCCCAGCACCCUGCCAGAGAGGAAACAGAAGUAUUAGACUUUGUAAGACUGGUGUUGAAUAAAGCAAAAUAUAGAAAUCAAA